AUGUGCUGCAGUAGUGGUAAAGUCCAACUUUCUAAGCUUGGCCCCUAUGCUGAACCUUUACACAGCCUAUUGACUCAUCAGGAUCCACUAUCAGAACAUUUUCUGAAAAAUGCCCGUAAGUAUAAUGGAUGUUUCCAAAUGACAUCUUUUGGAGCCAAAGAGUACUUUGUUGGUGAUGAAUGUCAUGAAAGAGACAUCCGUUGUGUAAUUUAUCCUGGCGUUUAUCCGGAAUUAGUUCAUCAACUGCAGAAGUUGUUACAUCAGCAUAACAAAUAUCUUCAGGAUUUUAAGGCUGCAAUAGAUUCAAUUCUUAAAGAUCAAAAAGACUUCAAAGUAAUAAUUAAUGCUGACAGAAAACCGGCUGGAGAACAUAAGGGCGGUUUUAAUGCUCCUCAGGCAAAAGAAGUUGCAGUUCUAAUUGUUGGACAGGAUUUCGAAAAAAGAGACAUUGUUUUUCACAGUAGAGACUGUUUUGUCGAAAACUAUCCAAUGCGGAUAAUUCCCCGGUUAAACAGAGACAAUAAGUUGAUGCGAAUUAGUGAAACACACCGCUCAUAUGAUGCUUUACAAUAUCCUUUGAUGUUCUGUUAUGGAGAAGAUGGCUAUCACAUCAACAUAUCUAAGCGUGACGAGACGACUAAACUGCCUCUCGAUAAGACAGUAUCUGCUUCAGAAUUUUACAGCUUUAGAAUUAUGGAGCGUGAGAGUGAAGUGUGCUAUUUAUUGCGAUUCCGCAAUCUUUUAAAUCAAUUUUUAGUUGACAUGUACGCAAAAAUUGAGACUGAAAGACUUAACUAUGUUCGUAACAACCAAAAAAAACUGAGAAGUGAGGAAUACGUUCACUUGAAAGAUGCUUUGUCAAAAAAUGAUGAACAAUUAUCAACAAUGGGAAAAAUAAUUGUGUUGCCUUCUUCUUUUACUGGAGGACCCCGUUACAUGCAUGAGCGAACUCAAGAUGCGAUGACAUAUGUACGUCAUUAUGGACGGCCAGAUUUAUUUAUAACAUUCACCUGCAAUCCUAAGUGGCCGGAAAUAACGCAGCUUUUGAGUGAAGGUCAACAGUCUCAUGAUAGACAUGACAUCGUAGCGACGGUUUUCAAUGUGAAAGUUAAACAUAUGAUAAAACUUACAGUAGGUCGUAUCUUUGGUGACACGAGGUGUCACAUGUACACCAUAGAAUGGCAGAAACGUGGACUCCCUCAUGUUCAUAUUCUAUUAUGGUUAGAAGAGAAAAUGAGACCAGAGUCUAUUGACCAAAUUAUCUGCGCUGAGUUACCUGAUCCAGACAUAAAUCCAGAUCUUUAUCAAAUUAUCAAGACAACCAUGGUUCACGGUCCAUGUGGAUCUUUCAAUUUAAAAUCACCCUGUGUUGUUAAUGGAUCUGACCAAGCAUCGUUUACCGUUCAGGAUCUUGAUGAGGUGACGAACUACCAGGCGGGACGUUACAUCAGUAGCUCUGAAGCAGUCUGGCGAAUACUUCGUUUUCCUAUUCAUGAAUAUGACAGGUUUCCUUCGGUGAUGCAUCUUGCUGUACAUCUUGAAAAUGCUCAAAGAAUUUAUUCUACUGAGCAAAAUGUGGCUGACAAAGUAAUUAAUCCAAAAACAACAACACUAAUGGCUUUUUUUGAGCUUUGCCAAGUUGAUGACUUUGCAAAAACUCUUUUGUAUGUUGAAGUUCCAGCUUAUUACGUAUGGAAAAAUAACCGCUUUGAUAGAAGAAAAAAGGGUAAGGUUGUUUCAGGUUAUUUAGGAGUCAAGAAAGAUCAAGUUUUAGGUAGAGUUUAUACCGUGCAUCCCGGAAAUACUAAAUGUUAUCACCUGCGUCUUCUCUUACAUGAGAUUCGAGGUCCUACAUCAUUUUCUACUUUUAAAACUGUUGAUGGAGUGAUUCAUCCAACAUUUCAAGCAGCAUGUAGAGCACUUGGUCUUCUAGAAGAUGAUACUAAUUGGUGUCGCACUCUGGAUGAAGCUUGCAUCUCUGAUUCGCCCUACAAGAUCCGUGAGCUGUUUGCCAUUAUGUUAGUUUUUUGUCAUGUUGACGACCUACCAAAAUUAUGGGAGAAAUAUCGAGAUUAUUUUUCAGAAGAUAUUAAGAGAGAGGUAGAACGAGACGGUGGAAAUGUUGAGCUGUUACUUGAUGUUAUUUACAACAAAUGUCUUAUACUAUUUGAAGAUAUUGUUAUAUCAAUGUCUGGAAAAACACUUCUUCAGUUCGGUCUCCACUCUCCAAUCCGAGAUGAAAGGUUUAUUGUCACUAAUCGUCAAUAUUUGCGUAAAUUGUCUUACGACACCGUCUAUUUAACUAAAGUUGUAGCAGAAAAUGUUCCUAAAUUAAAUCUAGAACAGAAAAAAGUUUACAAUGAAAUUUUAAAUUCAAUUAUAUCUGAUUCUGGGCAGUUGUAUUUUCUUGAUGCUCCAGGUGACACUGGAAAAACGUUUUUAAUCAAUAUACUGCUUGCGAAAAUCAGGAGUGAAAAAAACAUCGCUAUAGCCAUUGCUUCUUCAGGAAUUGCUGCGACUUUGAUAGACGGAGGUAAAACAGCUCACUCUGCCUUUAAACUACCUCUCAAUUUAGGUUAUUCUGAGUCUCCACUUUGUAAAAUCUCUAAACAGAGUGAUAUGGCUCAUGUGCUGCGAGAAGCAAAAAUUAUUAUCUGGGACGAGUGCACUAUGGCUCACAAAAAUGGUAUUGAAGCUCUAAACAGUUUGCUCCAAGACAUUAGAGGUUGCUACCGAAUUAUGGAAGGAGUAAUUGUUCUCUUGGCCGGUGAUUUUAGACAAACUUUGCCUGUUGUGCCACGAGGAACACGUGCAGAUAAAGUUAAAGCCUGUAUCAAGUCAUCAAUUUUAUGGCCUUCGGUCAAAGUUCUAUCUUUGACCAUCAAUAUGCGUGUUCAUCUUCAGCCAAAUUCGAAAGCAGAAGAGUUUUCAAAAAUACUGAUUGAUAUAGGUGAUGGCAAAAUUCCGGAAGAAGACGGAAGAAUAAACGUGUCCUAUAUUAAUUGUGAAACUGUCCCAGAUUUAAUCACCUUGACUGACAAAAUAUACCCGAAUAUUGACAAAGCUGGCGACAAUUGUAGUUCAUGGUUAAAGGAGAGAGCCAUCCUCACACCAACCAAUGAACAAGUCAAUUGUAUUAACAACUUUUUGCUGGAGAAACUGCCAACUGAGCAAGUAAGAUAUGAAUCGGUGGACAAAGUACUGGAGGAUGAAGAAGCUGUCCACUAUCCUGUUAAAUUCUUACACACUCUCAAUCCACUAGGGAUACCACCUCAUGUUCUUCAACUCAAGAUUGGCACUCCAAUAAUGUUGCUCCGCAAUUUAAAUCCGCCAAAAUUAUGUAAUGGUACCAGGCUUCAAGUCAAGGUCUUACACAAAAAUGUCAUUGAAGCCAUGAUUUUCAACGGAAAAUAUGAAGGAGAAACUGUAUUCAUGUCAAAGUUUCUUAUGCCAUGA